AUCUCAGUCACUCUGGCGUGAUGUUAUCAAGAUUACCUUCAGGGACAAUUGACUGUUUGAGGUUACAUCCAUGCUUGUCGCGGAUUGUUGUUGCCACCCUCAAUGCUGGCAACCCGGGACUCCAUAAGGCUUCACUACACACCGCCACACCCCUGGCUCAUUAUAGGAACACAGACUUUGAAGACAAAGCCCCAUCCAAAAUAGGGAGAGUGAACUUAGUGGCACCGAACUGGCUCAAGUACAAUGACAUUGUAUAUCCUCCGUCAGAGGAAGGGGACCCUCCAAGGCCAGCAGAGAUUUGUCAUUCAAGGUUCCAGAUCAAAUAUGCCACCAAAAAAUUAUGGUAUAUUGCUGCAAUGAUACGUGGCAUGUCUAUUGAUGAAGCUCUCCAACAGCUGUCCUUCCACAAGAGGAAAGGAGCAGCUCAUCUCAAAGAGGUACUGGAAGAAGCCCAGGAGAUGGCGGUGAAGGAGCACAAUGUGGAGUUCAAGUCAAAUCUUUGGAUCUGUGAUUCUUUUGUAACCAAAGGCGUGGUGGUCAAAGGCUACAGAAAGCACAUCAAGGGCCGCUACGGCAUCAUCCACUAUCGCUAUUCCAACUUCUUUGUGAGGUUGAGGGAAGGGAGACCACCCCAGCACUACUACACCCCUGACAAGACGGGGAACCAGAAACUGGAGGAGUACAUCAAGGAACAAAGGGCCAGGAGGAUACAGCUGGGCUUGUGAUGAUUUUUGGUGUCCUCGUGACUGUUGUUGUGUGUUCAGUAAUAGAUAAUUUGAGAUCAGAAAAGAUGAGUCUGCAUUACCUACAUGAUGUCAGAGUUCAGCACCAAGACCUCUUUCCCAAAAUGGUUCAAAAUUAUGGUUCUGUGAAAUCUGGGAGUCAGUUGCCGAUGAAGAUAUGAAUUAUUUACGGUCUUUUAUCCUUCUUUUGAUGAGAGUUUCCUUUUUGGAUAGAGAGAUCCGUUGUGGUCCAAAUUCUGAAAUGCCCAGACAAAAAGUGGGUUUAUCAUUUUUCAGUCGUGCACAUUGUAUUUGUACUGUAUUCAACACCCUGGCAAGUGCUUUCGCAGUUGCUAUUUGGGCACGCUAUGAAAUGGUUUGUUUUAUUGUCAGGCUCUCUAUAUUUGUCAGCAGUUCAGCAGUAAACAAAUUGUGCAAUGUGAGGAGCCUUCAUUUGCUUGAGGAUCGGCGCCAUAUAUGCACUCAAUUUUUAUUGCUAGUGGUUGAAAGUAGCAAUUGCUCUCAUGAAUAGAAUAGUAUAGACUCCAUGUUUUCCUUUUUGUGAGUCAACAUUGUGAUUUGGCUUUGGUGAAGGUAAUUUGGGGAUCGAAAGACUUUAUUUCAACAUCUCACAACUUCUGAGUCAGUAAUGACAUAAUCUGGAUCGAAUGGAGGUGUACAGAUAGACUUUCGACCAGACUGGAAGGGAUUGCUUCUUCUCUUGUGGUAUGUUGUGUGAUACGAGUAAGUUGCAUCAUAAGAUCAUGUAUCUUCCGUGGUCAUUGCAACAUCAUCAUUGUGAGUAUUCAUAUAUAAUAUUGAUAGGUGGUCUGUAUGUAGAUUGCUACUUGAGUGAGUUGUCUGUGAAAAGUAUCAGAAUGCGUGGUAUCUUUGAGGUAGGAUACCGGUACUGUGCUGCUAACUUUGAUCCACCCAUUUCUUGUACUGGAUUUCUGUUGCUUGAAGUGUGUUUGUGUGUGUGUGUGUGUGUGUGUGUGUGUGUGUGUGUGUGUGUGUGUGUGUGUGUGUGUGUGUUUGGCUGUUGAACAUUGGUAUGUUGAAGAAUUGAAUGAAUAAAUAAUCUUUAUAUGUCGA